ACCUCCAUGUGGGAGCUAUAGCGCUAUAAGUAAACACUCCGCGCGCUCCAGACAUGGCUUCUUCUUGUUUGUGAGGUGGAGGCUGCGGUAGCGCCCCGGGCUGGUGCCGGUUUUCCCUCCUUCUCAGUUGGGCCGGGCGGGCGCGCUGUCUGGGCCGCCGCUUGUCGGGCCCGGAAUCGGGUCGAUUUCUUUCCUCGCCUGUGCGCGCGCUCGCUCACUCGCUCGCUCCCCUAGCUCGCCGCGGAGAUCUAGAGCUGCCCGGGAGGCGGCGUGGGCCAGGCGGGGCGCGGCGUCCUGAGCGCAGGGGGAGACAAAGGGGGCCGGCCCCGUCACCCGGUACCAAGAUGUGGAUCCAGGUUCGCACCAUCGACGGCUCCCAGACGCGCACCAUUGAGGACGUUUCUCGCAAAGCCACGAUCGAGGAGCUACGCGAGCGGGUCUGGGCGCUGUUCGACGUGCGGCCCGAAUGCCAGCGCCUCUUCUACCGGGGCAAGCAGUUAGAAAAUGGAUAUACUUUAUUUGACUAUGAUGUUGGACUGAAUGAUAUAGUUCAGCUACUAGUUCGUCCAGACUCCGAUCUUCCUAGCACAUCCAAGCAGAAUGAUGUAUCAGCUAAACCGUGUUCUAAUAGUCCACCUAAAGUGAAGAAAACUACAAGGGUGGGAGCUUCCAGUCAGCCUUCUACAUCAGCUCGUGUUUGUCUUAUUGAUCCUGGCUUUGGACUAUACAAGGUAAAUGAAUUGGUGGAUGCCAGAGAUGUCGGCCUUGGUGCUUGGUUUGAAGCACAUAUUCAUAGUGUUACUAGAGCUUCUGCUGGACAUUCACGUGGCAAAACUCCACUGAAGAAUGGCAAUUCUUAUAAAAGGACUAAUGGAAAUGUAAAUCAUAAUUCCAAAGAGAACACAAAUAAAUUGGACAAUGUACCCUCUACGUCUAAUUCAUACUCAGUUGCUGCUGAUGAAGACAUUAUUUAUCAUAUCGAGUAUGAUGAAUACCCAGAAAGUGGUACACUAGAAAUGAAUGUGAAGGAUCUUCGACCACGAGCUAGAACUAUUUUGAAAUGGAAUGAACUAAAUGUCGGAGAUACACUAAUGGUUAAUUUCAAUGAAGAAAAUCCAGGAAAAAGAGGAUUUUCGUAUGAUGCAGAAAUUACCACAUUGAAGACAAUCUCAAGGACCAAAAAAGAACUUCGUGUGAAAAUUUUCCUGGGGGGUUCUGAAGGAACAUUAAAUGACUGCAGGGUAAUAUUUGUAGAUGAAAUCUUCAAGGUCGAGAAGCCUGGAGCCCAUCCUAUUUCAUUUGCAGAUGGAAAGUUUUUAA